AUGAACGGCCACGACUGGGAGACCAACGGUCACGACGAGAACGGCCACACCAACGGCGUCGACCAGCCCGAGAGUAGAAAUCAAAGCGUUCCGGAUGUCCAGACCGAUGAGUCUGCAGAUGGCUACGAUAAACGAGACGGAAACUUCGAUCCCGUGACUGGGUCAUACCCCCGUAUCUCCCGUCCUGUCGAGCUGAUCCGCCCUUCAUACGACGUCGUUGUCAUCGGCUCAGGAUAUGGCGGUGCUGUCGCCGCCAGCCGCAUGGCUAGAGCUGGACAGACCGUCUGUCUCCUGGAGCGUGGCAAGGAGAAGUGGCCUGGAGAGUUCCCUUCUGAAAUUUUGCCUGCUUCAAGGGAGCUUCACAUGACCAACGCAGCCACGGAUGGCCUCAUUGGCCGCCUAGGCAAGGUUGCCGAGGGAGGUGAUCCCACGGGGCUUUACCACCUUAUUGUUGGCGAUGGCCAAAAUGCAUUCGUCGGAAAUGGCCUCGGUGGUACUAGUCUUCUGAACGCCAACGUCUUCCUCGAGGCAGACAAAGGCACCAUGGACCUGCCCAUCUGGCCCGACCGUAUCAGAAAAGAGGGAUUGAAGCAUUACUACAAUGAGGCUCGUAAGGUCUUAGAGCCUGCGACGUACCCUGAAGAUUAUCCCAAGCUCCAUAAGCUUGAGACUUUGGAGAAACAAGCCAAGCUCAUGGGAUGGGGCGACAAAUUCUACCGCGUCCCUCAAACCACCAAGUUCGUCGACGGCGACAACAGCACUGGCGUCUCCAUGAGGGCGUCUACCCUUACCGGCCAAGAUACGACCGGUUUGAACGACGGCAGCAAGUCGACCACCCUGGUCAACUACCUCAGUGACGCCUGGAACUGGGGCGCCGAGAUGUUCUGCCAGUGCGAGGUUCGCUACGUCACUGAAGCCCCAGACAGAGACGGCUACAUCGUGCACUUUGGCUGGCACGGUGGCAAGCGUGGCAACUUCAGCAACAUCUUCUACGAUGACCUCAUGUGGGUUCACGCCAAGGAGUUUGUGUGCUUCGGUGCUGGCAGCAUCGGAACCACUGAGAUCCUUCUCCGCAGCCAGAAGUUUGGUCUGCAGAUGAGCAAAGACGUCGGCCACGGAAUGAGCGGAAAUGGUGACAUCUUGGCCUUUGGCUACAACACCAGCGAAUACGUCAACUCAAUCGGCCGGCCAGACCCCCCACCAAAUCGUCCUGUUGGGCCUUGCAUCACGGGUGUCAUCGACUGCCGUGACCAAGAAAACCCGCUCGACGGCUUCGUGAUCGAGGAGGGUGCCGUACCUGCAGCCCUUGCCCCCUUCUACCAGACGAUGCUCCAAUACCUUCCCGGUAGUGUUGGCCCGGACAACCUCACCUUCACCCAGAAGGCUCAACAUGUCGCUGCUGCUCUCGGAAGCCGAGCUUUCGGACCCUACAACCCGCUAGGAAGUGUUGAGAGAACACAAUGUUAUCUCAUCAUGUCCCACGACAGCAGUCAGGCUACGAUGCAGCUGGUGGAUGACAGGCCGCUGAUCAACUUCUCUGGAGUCGGCACAUCUAAGAGGGCCACGAAGCUGGCAGGCUACCUCCAGAAGAUUACCAGCCUGAUUGGUGGCACCUAUGUCGACAGUCCUUUCUACGCUGCCUUUGGAGAGAAGGAAAUCACCGUCCACGCCAUUGGUGGUGCCCGCAUCAGCAACGACGACACGGGCGCCAGCGGUGGUGUCAACGACGUAGGGCAACUUUUCAAGGGUGAAGGCAAGGAUGUUCAUCGUGGACUUGUUGUCUGCGACGGCGCUAUUGUCCCUGCAGCCCUUGGUGUGAACCCCUUCGCGACCAUCACGGCUUUGGCGGAGAGAUCUAUGGAUCUCAUCUUGAAAGACCUCGGCCGCACAAUCAGUACAACGCCAAAUGGUCCCCUGAAUCUCUUUGGUCAGCCGGCGUACGCCCCUUUUGAGGACAGCGAUCAGCAUGUAAUGAGAGUCCAGGACAUCAUCCAGACGGCCAGAGACGACAAGACUCCGGGAGUUGCCUUCACUGAGAUGAUGGAUGGAUGGAUUCACAUCGGAGAGGAGGGCGAGAGCCUCAAGGACUUGUCGUUUGACCGUGCUACCGCCACUGCCCGCAGCCGUGGUGAAUACUCUCGGUUCUUCCUGAGCGCUCGCUCCUGGAACACUCACAACCUUGUUCACGACAAGGACCACAUGGCCACGCUUACCGGCACGUUCACUUGCCCUCGACUGGGCGGAACAUGCAUGGUUCAGGGUGGCAAGUUCCAGCUCUUCAACGACGACCCUCGUGCUCCGGAUACCACGAACCUCACCUACAACUUCGAGGUGUCUUGCCCCAAUGGCAAGAGGUUCCACUUCAAUGGUUACAAGGUCGUCAACUCCAACGUCGUUCUCAACCCUCUCAACCUGUGGAGAGCUACCACCACCCUCUACUGCACCAUCACGGAGUUCAACGAGCAGGGAGAGCCCGAUGAGAAGAAGGUCCGUGGCAAGGGUGUCAUCCACAUUCGGCCAUCUUCCUUCCUCCAGGAGGUCACAACCAUGGAGACCACCGGGUCGACUCUCUACGCCCGCGUCUCUUCCACCGCUAACUUCCUGGGUUACUUCACCGCCAAGGCCGCCAGUGCUUUCCUCACCCCCUUCAUCCCCAUGCAAUGGCCAAGCCUCCCCUUCACCAACUAUCAGAACCCCUCUCGCUGCACGGAAGAGAUCACUAUCGAGGCAACCGACAAAGUCAAGACCAAGCUUUUCUACUGGAGUCCGCAAUUCACUGAGCAAUAUGACAAGCGCGACUGGGAUGAGGCGAACGCCCCGAUCGUCUUCCUCAUCCCUGGCGCCGCCGUCGAUCAACAGAUCUUCGCACUGCCCACCAUUGAGAAGAACGCUGUCAACUACUACCGCAGCAAGGGAUUCCGCGUGUACUCUAUGGUUCACCGAGUGGGCAAGACGAUUGUUGCCCAGCAGAACUGGACCACAUAUGAUGCCCGCCGCGACAUCAAGGCCGCUCUACAGAUGAUCCGCGAGAGGCACUCCAAGCGCCUACAAGACGACAGCGACAGCAUAGAAUAUCCGCAGACCUACGUCAUUGCUCAUUGCGCUGGUUCUGUUGCUCUUGCCUCCGGUCUGCUCGACGGCACGAUUCCUCGCGAAUGGCUUAGCGGCGUGACCGCCUCCCAAGUUUUCAUGAACCCGAUGUUCGCCAAGGUCAACAGUCUGAAGGCCAGCCUGCCUAUUUCGCCGGCGACUCUCUACAACCUGUUCCAGGGCAACUGGUUUGAUUGCAGCAGCUCACCUCAAGAUGGAAUCAUUUCGCAAGCCAUCAACCAGGUCCUCCGAUUCUACCCCGUCGGUCGCCGUGAUGAGAUCUGCAACUCCGUUGUCUGCCAUCGGAGCUCUCUCGUGUUUGGACGCCUCUGGUCUCACAAGCACCUCAACGACGCCACCCACGCACAGCUGGAGAACUUCAUCGGCGGAACGUCCAUGGCCAGUCUUCAACACCUCAUGUCGACAGGUCUCGCCGGCCACGUAAUGGACAACCAGAACGUGGACCUCGUGACUCCCCAGAACAUCGCCCGUCUCAAGGGUCUUCCCAUUUUCUUCUUCUCGGGAUCCGACAACGCCGUCUACGAGCCCCAGAACACCGACCUGUCAUUCACUACUCUCAGCGAGGCCAAUGGUGGCUUCUGCUACGAGAGACAGGUCUUCGAGGGUCGUGGCCACCUCGACGCCUGGAUGAGUCCGACUGCGCAUGAGGAGGUUUACCCUCGCGUGUUGAACCACAUCGAAAACGUCCGCAAGGGCAAGUACGAGGACAUGAAGGCUUACGUCAAGAAACAAACAAAAGGCGACGGCCGUUGCUGA